AUGUCUUUGUCUCCCGAAGAUAGGCUCAAGUUGGCAGUGAUGGAAGAAGAGCUUGCUGAGUUCCUGAGGACAAACAAGCUGCCCCAGAUUGAUACAGCAAAUCCCGCCAGGGCCAUUGCAGGAUUGAGAAUGUACAUGAAAAGCCAUUAUAAACCGCCAAGCCCUGAAGGCCCUACCGUUGAGCGCGAUGUCUACUUCAACAAUCGUGACGGGUUCCAAUUACGCGCCCAUGUCUUUGCACCUAUGAAAAAUCCUGCAAAUCCAAUGCCUCUAGUGGUUUAUCUUCAUGGCGGUGGAUGGACUAUUGGAUCACCGGAGGAUACAGCAACUCCCUGCCGAAGGUUGGUUGAGCUGCUUGGUGUGACUUGUAUCGCUCCUGCCUAUCGACAAGGGCCUGAAGAUCCGUUCCCAGCCGGCAUCAACGAUGCAUGGGACGGAUUGAAAUGGAUUGCAGCAAACGCCGAGGCUGAGUUAGGCGUAUCGUUGUCAAGUGGUUUUAUUGUCGGUGGCUCGUCUGCAGGAGGAAACAUGUCAGCAGUCCUUGCCCAUAUUGCACGCGAUGAAAACUUGUCUCCAAAGAUAACCGGAACUUUUCUCCUGGCCCCGAUGAUUCUACCACCUGGUGCCAACGUGGCGUUGCCUAGCAAAUAUAGAGAGAUUUACCUCUCUCGCACUCAAGAGGCAUGCAAGGAUGACCCCGUUCUCUCCCCAUCCCUCGAGAAAAUCUUCCAGGACUCAGUAAAAGGGGAUAACCAAUCACCGAUGUUCGUGCCGUUUAUCUGGCCGACUGGGCACAGAGGAAUGCCUAGGACAUAUUUCCAAGUCUGUGGAAUGGACAUCCUUCGCGAUGAGGAUCUCAUUUACGAGCAAGUCUUAGCAGACAAUGACGUGGAUACGAAGUUGGACCUUUAUCCAGGCAUGCCUCAUAUUUUCUGGAGUACUUUCCCAACUCUCAAGCUGAGCAAAAAUGCCGCUUUGGAUUUUAUCGAUGGGAUCAGAUGGCUUCUUGAUGGAUCUGCCAAGGGCUAA